CCUAGAAACCAGGGUUCAUUUUUUUUGUAGAGAGAGAAUGGUAGGAGAGAGAAAGGAACCGGAAAUUCGCAGAUAUGGCCAGUGAGAGAGUCGGAUGAGAGAGAAAGAAGCGGGUAGAGCCAUGAAGCCCUUCCUUACCAUCGAAGAAGCCUACUGGUUCAGGCUCUCAUUGACCUUGCCUUUGCCUUCUCUUGUUGGAGCAAACCACACAUCUGCCAGGUUCUGCAGCCGCUAGAAUUCUUUCUUUUCCUGGUUAAUACCUGCAGAACCAACAUCAAGAAAUUCCAAAACAGGGAGGGGAAAGGAAGGAUAAGAAAUAAAAAGGGAAAAUUCCCAUAACUGGAUUUCUUUUCAUAAUUUCCAUGGGCAUGGAGCCUAAUCACAGGGCAAUUUCUCUGAGGAAUGUCAUUGUAAGAGCCAUGCUCUUUGGGGUCUUCAUCCUUCUCUUGAGGUUUGUUUAUGUGGUCACUAUUCAAGAUGUUUCUGAGACCUUCAAUCUAAUUGGUAUUGAACCUGCUUUGAAACGAUCUUUCCGAUCCUCCGUAGACCAGUAUUUCCAAUUUCCCGUCGGUGAAACAGUUGAUGAAUCUCAGAAACGGCUAUGGACCAGCAAGAACUGGAGAAAAACGGUGGAUUUUUACUCUCUCUCUUUUCAAGACCUCUUAAAACAAAGCCUCAUCUCUUCUCAAUCCAAGGCCCUAUGUGUGGGCACAAAGGACGGUCAGGAUGUCCUAGCUCUCAAAGAGCUUGGUGUCUCAGAUUCCAUCGGCAUUUCCUUGAACCCAUCCCCGCCUCUUGUCAUUUAUGGUGACCUUUUCCAGCAACCUUUCCCCGAAGAUACCUUUGAUUUCGAGUUUUCUGGCAACUUGGACAGUACCCACUUGCCAGAAAAUCUUGCCUCUGAAAUGGUUCGCACCUUGAAGCCUGGCGGGGUCCUGGUAUUGCAAACUUCUCAUGCCAAAGACAUGUACAGUUUUAAUUCUUUCAUUGAUUUGUUCAAGUAUUGUAGAGUUUUACAAUCUAGAGAGAGAAACACGACCUCCCUUGGUGUUCUUAGAGAGAUAGUUCUGAUAAAAGAUGAAAAUCCCUAUAUGGAUGUGGUCUCGGAAAGUGUAAACCAAUGCUCCGUUCCUGAACAUAAGAGAAAAAUUGCGAGAAUGGCAGAGCCACUUAUAAUGGAGGAGCCAUUGAAGCCAUGGCUCACUCUAAAGAGGAACAUCAAGAACAUCAAGUAUCUCUCAUCCAUGGUGGACAUAAGCUUCAAGAGGAAAUAUGUAUAUAUUGAUGUAGGCUCGAGGUCCUAUGGUUCGAGCAUUGGUAGCUGGUUCAAAAAGCAAUAUCCAAAGCAAAACAAGACCUUUGAGGUUUUUGCUAUAGAGGCUGACAAGACCUUUCAUGAGGAGUAUUCGAAGAAGAAAGGGGUCAAGCUUGUGCCAAAGGCUGCUUGGGUUCGAGAUGAAAUGUUAAGGUUUGAGAUCAACGGUGAGGAUUCAGGGAAUGGGCGGGGAAUGGGUCGAAUUCAAAUGGAUGGAUCAAAUGUGCAGGGGAGGCGGGAGGUGGUUGAGAUCGAGGGCUUCGAUUUUGCUAAGUGGGUGAAGAGUAAUGUUGACAAGAGAGAUUAUGUGGUGAUGAAGAUGGAUGUUGAAGGGACUGAGUUUGAUCUCUUGCCUAACCUUUUUGAAACAGGGGCUAUAUGCUUGAUUGAUGAGAUUUUUUUGGAGUGCCAUUACAAUAGGUGGCAAAAGUGCUGCCCUGAGAGAUCCAAAAAGUAUAAGAAGACUUAUGGGGAUUGUAUGAAUCUGUUUACUUCUCUCAGAGAGAGUGGAGUUCUGGUUCAUCAGUGGUGGUAGAAAGAGAAAGGAAGGAUUUAGGGUUGGGGAUCAAAAGUGAGACCCAUCCCUCUAUUCUUUUGCUUUAUCCCUUUUUGAGUUUUUCUUUACGAAUUUUUUCUCUUUACAUGUUUCUAGGGAGCUCCUCUUUCAUUAUUUUUUGUGUUAUCUUUUACAGUGAAAUGUGUAGCUUCUGAUUCCAUUUGUGAUGAUUAAUCGGGAAACAAAUUUGAUUCAGUUGCAUAUUGUUAUA